AUGGUCGCACGCAGUCUCAGCCCCGUGAGCCAAAGUGUCCGGGCAAUCGCUGGCCAAGGAGCUCCAGGAGUCGCGACCGUCCGAAGCAUCGCCAGCUGCCGUGUCCGCAUGGUGGGUACGGGAGUGCGCAGUGUGUGCAAUUUAACGCCGGCGAAGGGUGCCAUCUGGCUGCAGGAGUCGAUCAGCAGCAGAUUGGACGACUGCCGAGUGGAGCUCCUCAAAGAGCAGUCGCAGAGGGAGACUGUUCACGAUGACUGUGGACGCGAGGUUGGUGAAGAGGUUCAGAGACUCCAAGCUUUGCUCGAGAAGCAGACAGCAGCCCCUGACGCUAUUGUCAGCGAGCAGUCCGACCCUCUGCGGCCUCGCAUGGUUUUCACGCGGCAGCUUCGAUUCGAAGCAGAGGGCAUGAUGCUCCGGAUGGUUGAGGACACGUCUGAGCUCUGGGACGCGGAGAUUGCAGUGACCAGCACGGCGAUGGUCCACGGUGCUUCUUACCUACACCCUCCAUGGCAGGCUGGCGGUACGAGUCCAGAGGGCGAUGGCGUCGAUCCCAGAAACAUCCAGCCGGCUGUCUACGUGGUGCUUCGGUCUCGUCUGGGCCGCCCUGCUCGCUUCACUUCUUUCACCGCCCUCCGCCGGGCCAUUGGGGAAAUUGAGGGCAGCGACUCGGUGCUGCACUCCUUCGGCUCCAUCGCCGAAGCCAAGGUUUACUGCUACGGGGACUCCCAUGGACUCCCCUGCCGCCUGAAGUGGCCGCUCAUCUGCAAUGGCACUCGCGACCUCCAGGUCUUGUGCCUUCCGUUGCUGCAACGACCUGGCGGCUUUAUGGUGUGUGUCCCGGCUUUCCUCCACACUUCUGCUUUGGGCAACGCUGCGAGCACCGAGCCUCUGGACUCGAUUGGUCCCUUUUGCUUGGAGUCUGUGGAGACCAUCGACGAGGACGAGAGUGGGGAGGAGCACCCCACAGGGAUCCAAUGCCAGGUCCUCCUUGUGGAUCUGGACGAGAGCCUCCUCUCUUCGAUGGAGCCCUUCGAUCCGGUGACGGACCUGACGGUCAGUGCCUUCGUGGAGGAUGCCGACCUUCUCCAGCUGAGUGGCACGGGCUCUUGGGAUCCGACUCCUUUUCUUUCGGAUGAGCUCUGGCUUGCCUACGUCGAGCCCAAGUCAGCAAGCAGGACGAAUCGGCUCCGUCCCCUUAUCCCUGCGAGUGAGGUUGUCGACCUUCCGGCCUGGAAGGUCUGGGGCAAAGGGCCCGUCACCGACCGGAUGCCCGAGCCCAUUCCGCCCUGCCACGACGGCCUGAUCAUCGACGACUACUUCUCCAUUUCGAAGGUGCCCAGGGCCGAGCAUGACCGGCUGGAAGCAGCCUCUCCCACGGCGGCCCGGGACCGGCUGCAAACAGCGCGGGAGGUCUACCUCCGUCACUCCUUGCAGGGAUCGGCCAAUAAGGACAUUGAGAACGCAAAGGUCGCGUCCAUAGCGGGUGCCGAGGUCGACUCGCGAACGGCCACCCUGGAUAAGCAACUUUGUGUCGUCGGGGCCCCUCGCUCCAAGAGGCUUGCUCUCAGCGAUCUCACCCUGGAGAUCUGCAGCCUUCCUGCCACAAGCGAUGCCCUGCACGCGUGCAUCAUGGGUUCUAGGUCCUCGGUUUUCACCUUCAGACGGCCCUGCUUUUGUGCUUUCUCCGCUGCCUUUGGCCUCGUCCCGCUCAGCCAGCUCGACCCCCUGAGGCCUCGUGUGCUGCCUCUGCCGCGCCGUUGUGCUGAGGAGCUCCGGCUCGCGGCUGCUCUGGCUUUGGUCGCCUGUGCUGAUGUGGCAAAGCGCCUCUAUGCUACCGAUGCCUCCGAAGAGCGAGGGGCUAUCUGCUCUGCCGCUCUCCCCAGCGACUUGCAAGCUAUGGUGUGGAAAACGGCUGACCGCAAAGGGGGCUACGCACGGAUCGCCUCGCCUGCGCGAGUGCUGCUCAAGAGGGGCGACCCACUUGGGGAAGAUGAGGAGGCCGAGUCGCCUGAGGUCCCCUUACUUCUCCUUGAUGGUCCCUGCUUGCCGAAUGAGUCUUUUUCCUCAUCGAAGAAGACCGCGUCAGAUGAAUCUACAUUGUACCACCUCUGCAGCCCCGUGGCUCCGGUGCGGGUGGGUCCCCCAGCCUCGCCGACUGUGCUCUGCGCCUGUGCCCGGACGAUUGGCUCUGGAUUUCGCGUUGCAGCUGUUGCCUUCCAGGUGCCACCGAGGUCGUCGCCCACUCGUGCGCGUUUGGUUCCCCUUUUCCGGAAGGCUAUCAGGCUUCUUGCGGUAGGCUGCUCUUUGCAGGCUGUUGCCCGGCCGUGCUCUUGCGUGGGGGGACACAAAAGAGUACAGGGCCGCUACGGGACCGCCUCCGCCCUCACCCCUGGCCUUGCUUACGCGAUUGGGUCCAGCCUUGACGCUGCUCUCCGUGCAAAGGUGAGCAAGCUCGCUGAUGCCGAUCUUCGUGUUGAUGGACUUGAACGGAUUGCCUCUUCUGACCUUGCCCUCUCCCUUGACUGGCGAACUGAGCAAUCUUGGCCCUGGAAGGAGCAGGUCCAUAUCAAUAUCCUCGAGUCAUCGACCAUCGCUCGGCUCUUCCUCCAGCUGGCCCUUGAGGGUGGUCCCUUGCGUUUUGCCAACCUCUGCGACUCCAACCUUGCCAGGUGUGCGGUUGUCAAAGGGCGCUCGCCAUCCCAAGGCCUUCGUCAUUCGGCCCGCCGGGCCUCUGCCAUCACCCUUGCUGCGGGCCUCUAUCACGGCGGCCUGUUCUGUCCGACCCGUUGGAUCCCAGCUGAUGCCCCUUCUCGCUCCAAGCCUUUGCCCGAGCCCGUCAAGAACCUCGGCCCAGGGUAG